AUAGUCGAAAACCUCUACCUCUGCGGUGGAGGUGCCAAUGUUGACGUGUUGCAAAAAAAGGGAAUAACAUUGAUAAUCAAUGUUACAACCGAAGCCGAGUUAGACGAUACUGAACUCCCUGCGGAAAACACACGGUAUCUAAGGAUCCCGGAACUAAAUAGGCAUGAGACAAAUCUGGAACCCUACUUCCAUAAAGUAGCCGACAUGAUCCAUCAGGAACGCAAGGCCGGUGGCGCUGCUCUAGUUCAUUGCGUAGCAGGAAUGAGCCGUUCAGUGACAUUGUGCCUGGCGUACCUGAUGAAGUACGGCCAGCUAAGCCUAAGGGACGCGUACGAUCGCGUCAAGACCGUGCGGGCUCAGGUUGAACCCAACGAGUCUUUUAUGUUACAGUUGCUCGGGUUCCAACAUAAAUUGUUCGGCGAUGGAAUGAUUUUGCUCUACAUGUGGCGAAACGGAAUUGGGGCUAAAACUGCAGCAAAAGAAGCAAAAGUGAACUCCCGCACAGUGUUGAAGCACUUCGGCGAAAUUCGCAUGCAGUUGCUGAUGGAGAUUAACAAUGAUUCACCGAUUGGAGGACCUGGUCUGACAGUCGAGAUAGACGAGACCAAAAUCUCGACACAGCAGAGGCUCGCGCCCACCGCGGUCCGCGAGCUGAGUGUAGGAGCACCGGAUAAGGUCUCCUCCAAGGUGUUUAUGGUGUCCUUCUCGAAGGGCACCACAACGCUUGAACAAGAGCGUGGGAUCACGCACUUGAACUAUAUCCGUGUCUGGUAA